CUGUCUAAUAAAACAUGUAAUGCCUCCUCUUUGAUAAAUUUUCCGAUACUUAUCGUAUCCUCUCCCAUCUAAUCACAAACAGCAGAGCUCAGCCCCUGAUUACAGCCAGCCACAGACAGCCCUCCACCCAUAGUUUGGUAAUAUAUGUGGGAAAUUUAUAGCCUGUUACGUAUAUUCUCUCUCUGAUUCAGAGGUGUGAUGGAAAAAAGCUGCCAUUCCUUUGCUACCAACUCCUCCACCACCACCACCCCCAUCACCACCACCACCACCACCACCACUAAUAACAUCACCAAUACCAAUAGCAGCAGCUCUCUCAGCAGCUCCGGCACCAUCUCCUCCUUCACCACCACCACCACCACCGCCACCACCAGCAGCAGUAGCUCUCACAUCCAAAGCUCUCUCAAAUCAGUCAACAAGGCCUCUUACAAAAUCUCUAAACCACUCCCAAAAAGCUCCCACCCUAACCCAAACCGCUCCUCCCCGCUGCCCUCCACUAUAAACAGCGGCAGCACGCCACCCCAGCAGCCGCAGCCUCCGGUCUACAACAUCGACAAGAACGACUUCCGGGAUGUCGUCCAGAAACUCACUGGAUCCCCCGCCCACCACCACCCACGACCGGCGGCGCCGCCGCCUCCCCCUCCCUCUCCAACCCCCGCCGCCACAUCCCGUCUCCACCGCAUCCGCCCGCCGCCACUCGCCCACCUGCCCCCUCGCUCCCCUCCCCUGGCUUCCCGCCCCACGCUGCCGCCGACGUCUAUGCGGCCGUCCCUCUCCCCGCUCCCGCCCUUCCCCGCCGUCAGCGCUGCCUCGGAAUCGCCGAUCUCCGCCUACAUGCGCCGCCUCCACGGCGGCGAGGGAGGGCAGCCGCCGCUGGCGCCGUCUCCGUCGGCAGCGGCGCUGCUGCUUCCCCCACCGACUUCACCGCUGGGGUUCGGGUGCCUGCCGUCGCCCCGAACGGCUUUCCAGAUGAUGAUCUCGUCGGGUAUGGUGUUCCCGACCUCACCGGGAGCGCCCUUGCCGAGUCCGAGGUGGGGGGAUCCGUGAUGGGGAGGGCUCCGAUGCCUUCUUUCUCUGGAUUAGCCGGCUCUCUGUUUUAGAAGGUAAGCCAUUUCUUUGCUGCAGAUCUGCUAAGGUAUAUCUUUGAUAUCCUUUCAUGUGUUGUUCUUUUUCUUUUCCUGUAAAUUUGUACUCUUCAAAGUUUAAUCAACAUUUGUCAUUCGGAUAGAUUUGAAGCUGGUGAAAAAAAAAUGUUGUCCUUAAAAAAAUGGAUAAUAAGGAUGUAAACCCUUUCAAAAAUGUUGCUUCUUUGUGUUUGAUAAAUGAUACCUUUGGUUAGACAUUGUUUCUUCAUUUAUAUAUAUAUUUUAAAAAAA